CCAAUAGGGUGACUGUUACAUCUGUUACAUUUGUGCAAGCUUUGUUAUCGAUCGUGCUGAUAAGAAGUGGAGUUAGUACUGAGCGCAUAUAUUCAGUGCAAAUACUGUAAAUACCAGAUGGCCAUGCACACAGUAUAUUUUUGAUGGAUGUUUUCAAGAUACGAAGCAGGAAGCUGUGCAGCGCAUUCAGACCGGAGCUCUGGAGAGAAACAUGGAGGUUUUACCAAUGAGAGGCCUUCUUUAGGCUUGGGUAGGGAAUUUGGAAACCGAAGGCUAUAUGUUUCCCUUCCUCUUUUACAUUUCCUCUGCGAUUGCCUUGAGCAGAGCAAGGCAGUCUCCCUCGUAAGCGGCAGACAACAUUUUUGGGUCGAAUUGUUUCAUGGGACUUAUUCUCCUCGAUCAACUAGGACACAUCAGGCCAGGGUCAAAAUCCAGCUUAACACCCUCUUUCCUUUAUAAACUCAGGUAUCAACCAAUUCUUCUGCAUGUUUGUGUUACCUGAGAUUUUAAGAAGUGUGCCAUCUCUCUGGCUGGGACAGCAGGGAGAUAGAACAUCAGAAAGUAGUUGCUGAAUGUUUCUGGUUCAUACCUUUGAAUCCAGAAUCACUAAGUAUAUAAGCCAAGACAAUAACACUGGACUGCCUAAGUUGGGUUCCACCACUGAAACUCCUGGUGCCAACGCCUAUCACUGGACUGCCUUUUCACCAGGGCACUGACUGUACACCUCUCUACCUACCUCACAACGUCCGGUCAUGCUUUUCAAGAGGAAGUUGUGCUUGUUUUCUCUGUUUGGUGGGAUUCUCUUUGUCAUGAUCACCAUUCAGAAGAAAAACAUCCUGUCUAUGACUUUGAUGGAGACCCAUGCCACCUCCAGGACUGUGCCAGGGCCCGUUGUUAACCGAACAUGGGCAACACCCAGUGCCAUGGUGCUCAGUCCAGACAGGAUAUGUGAGUGCCCAUCCUGCAUAGCGGACAUGAAGGUUUCUGCGUGGUUCGCUCAGCACUAUGACCCCCAGCAGCAGCCCUUCCUCACAGACAGAGACAACAACAUGGACCCCCUGGCCCUGAAGUGGUGGCUGGCUUUGCAGCGGUCCACCGAUGAGCGUACGAUAUACGAGGUGAUCCAGAAGAUGUUCCAGGUCAUCGCUCCCCCCCCCAGGGAUGUCCAACCCAAACAAGCUCAAUGCAGGAAGUGUGCAGUGGUGGGGAACUCAGGAAACCUGCUGGGCUCUCAAUAUGGCUCCUUGAUAGACUCCCAUAACAGUGUCAUAAGAAUGAAUAAAGCCACCACAUUAGGGUUCGAGGUGGACGUGGGCAACAGAACGACACACCACUUCAUGUACCCUGAGAGUGCAGUGGACAUCGGCCCUGGGGUCCACCUCGUCCUGCUGCCCUUUAAACUCCGCGAUCUACAGUGGGUAGCCAGCGCCCUGUCGACGGGAGAGAUCAAAACGACAUACAUGAGGGUGAAAGAUCAAGUACGGGCUGACAAGGAUAAGGUUAUGGUGAUAAAUCCAGCAUUCUUUAAGUACACCCACGACCGGUGGACAGAGCGCCAUGGCAGAUACCCAUCCACGGGCAUGCUGGCCAUAAUAUUUGCCCUGCACAUCUGCGAUGAGGUGUCGGUAUUCGGCUAUGGAGCCGAUCAACAUGGGAACUGGCAUCACUACUGGGAGGAAAACAAGUACGGCGGCGCGUUUAGGAAAACCGGAGUCCACCAUGCUGAUUUUGAGACAGAAGUUAUCCAAAAGCUUGACACAGAGGGCAAAAUUAAGCUGCACAGGAGAUGAGAAUGAGCAGGGGUGGUGUGUACAGGAUGAAGCCAUUAGAGUGUAGUGGUCUGGUGGUCAGAGACAGUCAAAUAUGUGCCCUGCUCUCUGCAACUAGUGCCUAUGAGCAACACAAACAACCAAAACCACAAACGGGAGUCCUCAAACCACAACAAAAACUUGAAUCAUGUACAUUGCCUUCAGAAACUAUUCAUACCCCUUGACUUAUUCCACAUUUUGUUGUGUUACAGCCUCAGAGAUCUACAGACAGUUGUGGGAUCUUAUAUAGACAGAUGUGUUUCUUUCUAAAUCCUGAAUUGGCCACAGGUUGACUUCAAUCAAGUUGUAUUGACAUCUCAAGGAUGAUGAAAAGAAAUUGGAUGCACUGGAUGCACCUGAGCUCAAUUUGGAGUUUCAUAGCAAAACGGUGUGAAUACUUACAGUGCCUUUGGGAAGUAUUCAGACCCCUUGACUUUUUCCACAUUUUGUUACCGCCUAAUUAAAAAAUGUAUUAUCCCCCCUCAUCAAUCUACACACAAUACCCCAUAAUGACAAAGCAAAUUUAUAAAAAAUGAAACUGAAAUAUUACAUUUACGUAAGUAUUCAGACCCUUUACUCAGUAUUUUGUUGAAACAAUUUUGCCAUCGAUUACAGCAUUGAUUAUUCUCGGGUAUGACGCAACAAGCUUGUCACACCUUUAAUGGGGUGUUUCUCCCAUUCUUCUCUGCAGAUCCUCUCAAGCUCUGUCUUGUUGGAUGGGGAGCAUUGCUGCACAGCUAUUUUAUGGUCUAUCUAGAGAUGGUCGAUCGGGAUCAAGUCCGGGCUCUGGCUGGACCACUUAAGGACAUUCAGAGACUUGUCCUAAAGCCACUCCUGCAUCUUCUUGGCUGUGUGCGUAGGGUCAUGUUCACCCCAGUCUGAGGUCCUGAGUGCUCUGGAGAAUGAUUUCAUCAACUUUGCUCGGAACUUUGCUCUGUUUAUCUUUACCUUGAUCCUGACUACUCUCCCAGUCCCUGCCACUGAAAAAAAAAAAAAUCCCCACAGCAUGCUUCCCAGUAGGGAAUGUGACUAGUGGGCCACUCAAGGACAUUCAGAGACUUGUCCCAAAGCCCCUCUUGCAUUGUCUUGGCUGCGUGCUUAGUGUCCUUGUCCUGUUGGAAGGUGAACUUUUGUCCCAGUAUGAGUCCCUGCCACUGAAAAACAUCCCCACAGCAUGAUGCUGGCACCACCAUGUUUCACUGUAGGGAUAGUGCCAGCUUUCUUCCAGAUGUGAUGCUUGGCAUUUAGGCUAAAGAUUUCAAUCUAGGUUUCAUCAGACCAGAGAAUCUUGUUUCUCAUGGUCUGAGAGUCUUAAGGUGCCUUUUGGCAUACUCCAAGUGGGCUGUCAUAUGCCUUUUACUGAGGAGUGGCUUCCGUCUGGCCACUCUACCAUAAAGGCCUGAUUGGUGAGGUGCUGCAGAGAUGGUUGUCCUUCUGGAAGGUUCUCCCAUCUCCACAGAGGAACUCUAGAGCUCUGUCAGAGUGACCAUCAGGUUCUUGGUCACCUCCCUGACCAAGGCCCUUCUCCCCCGAUUGCUCAGUUUGGCCAGACGGCCAGCUCUAUGAAGAGUCUUGGUGGUUCCAAACAUCUUCCAUUUAAAAAUGAUGGUGGUCACUGUGUUCUUGGGGACCUUCGAUGCUGUAGAAUUUUUUUGUUACCCUUCCCCAGAUCUGUGCCUCGACACAAUCCUGACUUGUUUUUGCUCUGACAUGCCCUGUCAACUGUCAGACCUUAUAUAGACAGGUGUGUGACUUUCCGAAUCAUGUCCAAUCAAUUGAAUGUACAGGUGGACAGGUGGACUCCAAUCAAGUUGUAGAAACAUCUCAAGGAUGAUCAAUGGAAACAGGAUGCACCUGAGCUCAAUUUCGAGUCUCAUAGCCAGGGGGGUGAAAACUUAUGUAUAUAAGGUAUCUGUUUUUUAUGUUUAAGAAAUGUGCACAAAUAUCAAAAAAACUGUUUUCACUUUGUCAUUAUGGGGUAUUGUUUGUAGAUUGGUGAGAAAAAAAAAAUCAGGCUGUAACACAACACAAUGUGGAAUAAGUCACGGGGUAUGAAUACUUUCUGAAGUCAAUGUACUUCCUUCCCUGUUCUGUACAUGUCGUCAUGCUGCACUGAACUAGCCUUAUACUGAAGGAACCUUCAAGAACCCGAGGGCCUUUGACUGACGGUUAAACCACAACCACAGAAAAAGCAUUAAGGACAAAAGCGCUGUGUUUGCGAGAGUGCAAGAACCAUAUCUACGUAUAUUUCUCUUCUUUGUGGGGACAUAAAAGGGCAAUGUUUGAGUCACAUUAAUUCAAGCAUUUUCACUGCGAUGGAACCAUAAGGAUUGAUUUAAUAAGGAGUUUUACAGUUUAAUGUCUUUUUAGAGACGGUUUCGAGCUGCCAUUCGUAGUCAAUCUAUACCAUAUUAUUUUACAGCUUUCAUAAUCAGUUCCUGUAAUGUACACAUUUACAGUAUGUUGCCCAGUAUUAGGUUGACCCUCAUUUUAUCUAAUGUAACACGCACUUUAAACUAUGGAAACUUCACUCGUGUUGUAUUCCAAAGAAUACAAAUCUUGAGCCUGGAGGGGGGAUUAGCUUUAAUAUUGCAGAUAGAUUGUCUGCAUCAGUUCCAUGCGUUGUUUAUACGUUCAAACACUGGAAUGCUAGAUGUAAUCUACACCUCGAACAGUUUAACAUGAUUCACCACACACUCUACACACACAUGGAUUUUGUAUUGUAGAUAUGUGGUAGUAGAGUAUUGGCCUGAGGGAACACACUUAAUGUGUUGUGAAAAGUGUUUUGAAAUAUAAUGUAAUGUAAUAUUUGAAGUCAUACAUAACUGCCUUAGUGUUGCUGGACACCAGGAAGAGUACAAAAUCCAUGUGUAUGUGUCUGUGGGGUGAAUCAUGUUAAACUGUUCCCACACCACAGUUCAAAUUGAUCUCAUUAUUUGUAUACUGGUUUGCGCAAACAAAUGCCUGAGAUUAGGUAAAGAUAGCUAUGUAUGUGGUUGAUUGCUGUUACAUCUAUUUCCGAGAUGGACUUGUUGUUUUGUAUGUUCUCAAGGCUGGAAAUGAGUGGUUUGUUAUUUUUUGUAAUUAUAAAAUGAGGAUCCUUAAUAAAUACAUAUACUAAAAUACAAAUUAAUCAUUUUAAAACAGUGUGGUAUAAUUAUAUUAAAAAUAUUGUACUCUUGGACCAUGGUGUGACCCCAAAGACUACGACAUGGAAAAACACAUUGAAAUAUAGGAAUACUGAACACUGACUUUAAAUAAACCUUACCUUAUGAAGCAAAUGUGACAUGAGCAUACUGUACGUAUUAUUUUGAGUAGUUAUCGUCCUUAUUGCUUAUUGCUUUCAUACUUUACAUUUUAUUGUCCACAUUGACAAUUUCUAAUGCAUUUUGUAUUUGAAAUCCCAAAUGUAUGUGUGUAUCUGUGUGUGAGUGAAAGAAAGUUGAAUUUGUGAGGACAUAUGGUUGAAUUUUGUUUGUGUGUGGUUGACUAUAAUCAAGCUGUGGUGUUAUUUUUGUUCAUGUUUAAUAAAAGCAUAAUUACCAAUCAA